UGGUGACUGAACUCUUUCUCAGAAAGUGAAACACAAAAAAACUCGAUGUAUUUCUCGUAAUGAACCUGUGUUUUUGUUGCAUGUAAUCUAGCUGCAUCCCUGUGGAAAUCCAUCCACGACACAAGGUUAAUUUUGCGACUUUAAGACUGACAUCCAGUAUAAUGGACGGGUGGUUCAAAUCACGUGGUUCACAUCCAUCUGGCAGAUCGCUUCUGCUUCGUUUUUUUGUGUCUGCACUUUUCUUUAGUCUUUACAUCUCAUUACAUUCAAACAUGUCAGCAGUAGGUCAGUAAUUCUUCUUACAUCUGUUUGGAAACCAAAUAAUGUGCGAUGCUCCCUCAGUGAAACCAAAAAGAAGCACAGUCCUCACGUGUUAUUUUCCUGAAGAUGUCAGUGAAACAAGGAGAGAUUUUACUGUCUAUCGAUACACUGACGGCCGUCCAGUUGCUGUCCUUGACUGCUGGUGGUGGUCGGGGAACUUAUCCUGCUUCACGGCUGAAGGAUACAAAUACGACAGAAGGAUAUCCACCAAACUGUCACUGGUGAUUCCUCGAGUUUCAGUAUCUGAGCUCGGCACAUACGAUUGUCGACUAACGAGUUAUGGACCAGACUCCUUCUUUAGCUGUGUUCUCAACAUCAAGCUAGACGGAAGAUCAGCCUGUGAUAUUCCUUCAGUCAAACCGGAAACACAAACUGCAGUCACGUGUUACUUUCCUGAAGACCUCAGCAAGUCUCGCACAGACUUUAGAGUCUAUCAUCACUCUAGCAAAGGUUCGGAUGCUGUGUUAAACUGCACGUGGGAUGGAGACAUUCUGACCUGCACCACUUCUGAAGGUUUUCAGUUUGACAGGAGAGUGUCCAAAUACCUCACUCUCACAAUAACUAAUGCUUCAGAAGCUCACGAAGGAACAUACAGCUGUCAGAGCUCAGGCUCUGAGCCUUUUCUUUACGACAAUUGUUCUUUUAGACUUCAGAAAGCUGCAAAUUCGUCCUGUUCAGUUACAAAUGUGAAGGACUUGGACUUGACAGAACUAACGUGUAUCUUCAGUGUUGAUAUUAGUAAAGCCAGGCAGGACUUCAGGGUAAUCAGUCUUAAGGGUCGAGGCAUCACUGUCGUUAGCUGCAAUUGGCUGGAUGACCAGCUGGACUGCACCAACGAGCCGGGAUACGCCCUCGGCACCAACGUCACGGAUCGCGUCGUCAUCACACUGCCUCGAACGUCACGUCACCAAAAUGUGACGUACGUUUGUCACCUGGAAGGCUCUGAGCCUGCUGACUCUGAGUCGUGUGAUGUUACCUAUAUAGCAGACCCUGUGAAAGUCUCAUACACAACCGUUAUUGUAGUAGCAAGUAUUGGAGCUGCUUCUCUGAUAGCAAUCAUCAUCUCCUGUAUGAUUCUUCUGUGUAGGUUACGACGAGAAAAAAGACGUUCUUUGAUGAAAGGAGCUUCUGAAGAAAAUCUAAAAUUGUUGCGAAAGACGAAUAAGGAAAUCACACAUAACUUCAUCAGCUACCUAACAUCGUCUUGCCUGAACACAUAUAAAGACAUUGAUACACGUUUUUAUUUCGUACCAUCGUUAUACCUAAACAAAAAUACAUACACACCUGUUGAGUUUGCCGGUGAGAAGGUUUUAAUAACACGGCCAUCCACUGACACGAUCCUGAGGCACGACCAGGCCAUGCACCAACUCCUACAAAAUCUCUACCUGCUGGCACAGUCCGAGAAUGAGGCUAUGUUUGUCAUCUCUCAGUUCAAAUACAAUAACUACCUGGCUAUGUCAGAAGGUGUAUUCAAUGACCACCAGCUGCCUAUGCCUGAUGAACUUGGAGAACUGGAUAAAGACUACGGGAACUUUGACCUCCUAAUCGUCCAUCGCAAGUACGGACUGAUGGUUGUAGUGGUCAGGGCUUGUAGUCCUGAGCCUGGAGACAACAACAAAGAGAAAGAUGAUUCAAAUAUUUUUGAAGAAAUAGAUAGCGGAGUCAGACAACUACAAAACGCAGAAUGCGUGCUACCACAUGUCCUGUCUUACCAACACUGGGAUGUUCCUGUUCGCAAAACAUUGAUGUUACCGAAUGUUUCACAAGAGAUUCUUCGUCGUGUGCUGAGAAGGAACAAUAUGGAGAGGCUGGUAGAUGCUGAAGGGAGACUGAAUGUACCACCACCCUUAUUCCGCAGGGAUAAACUAAAGACUGGACGCCCUACCCGAGCUGCUUGUCUUCAAGACAAAUGUCUGUGGGCUGAACAGCUUAACAAUGGCAACACUACAUGGCAUCUGAAACAGUUGAUGAACUGUGGAUUAACAAAUCUCGACUUCAGUCCUAUUAUCAGCCAUGAACAAUAUCUUACAGUGAUUUCCAGGUUCUGUAGUCCAGUCUUAGAAUUUUCACUUUCUCUACCUGACGUCAUACCACGUGACAUUCUUCCAGUAACAUGUGAACACGCUGUGAGUCUGACCGGGGAACUUUUUGAAAGCCCGAUAUUGCACGAAGGACACUUGUUUUUGCUGGAAGAAGGCUCACCUCGAGUAGGUCUUCUUGGCCCGCCAGGCACAGGGAAGACAAGAACGCUAGAGCUGAUGGGACGAAGAUGGCGGUCGCAGGGUCAUGACGUCUUCGUAGUGUCCACGUGGACGACAAGUCGCGUGGCCUCGCGCUUGCUUUUCGAGAUUCUCAGCACGACGAGGGAUGGAGGCCGCGGAAAGCAAGGGUCACGCAAGGGGCGUGUCACCUUAAUGGAGUUUGAUUUAAUGAAGGAGAGCGUCACAGAGGUUGUCCAAAAAUUGGAGGACAUGUCAAAGAAAGGAAAAUUAUUCAUCCUGUGCGAUGAAGCGGAACCUGACAGCAAUUCUUCGUCCUUCAUGACUUUGUGUGAGAAACUUUUGGAAAAGGUGCCAGCACUACAUCUGUGGUAUGCCAGUUGUUUCCAUCUCAAUGUGGCAAGUGGUUGGCAAGGAGAACAGUUUGUUGAGCCUGUAAGCUGCCCACCAGCAGUACUGCGAGAACAACAACUGCUGCAAUUAGCUAAUGACUGUCAAAUGAUGGAAUGGAUGCACACCUCUCAAGCUCAAGCGCCAACAGAAGGACCGAUGAUUAAGCACGUGCACCACACCGGUGAUGGCCAUUCUGGUGAAGAUCCCAGUGAUUGCAAGAAUUGCUCCGAUGAAGUGGUCAACUACCUCCAGUCUUUAUUUACUGAAACAUCGGUUGAACCCUCUAUACCUGGGUCAUCAGUUGUCAAUAGUCUCCAUUCUCCGCCAGUAGACGGAUUGUCGGCCUUACACCUUCACCAAGACGAUGUGCUUGUGUUGACUGAGUGUGAUGUGAGGACCGAUGCGAUGCUCCUACAGGUGUUGGCAGCACGUGGCUUCACCACAAAACAUUUUGAGGAGAGUAGUCUGGAGACUUUUUUCAAUGACACAAGUGAAUAUGUGCUGAUUGCGAAAGGAAAACAUCUUCGUGGCAUAAAGAACAAAGUGGUGAUUUAUUUGGAGUCCAAUCGAGGGGAUUUAAAUUUAAUGGAAUUUAGCCCCGAUCCAUUUAGGUCGUCUGAUGAUUUUGAAAAACUGAACCGACUACGUAGUCUAACCAGUUGUACUUCUCAGCUAAUCUGGGUUACUGUCCCAAAGAGUUCAUGAAUUUGAGAGACUAGAAUUCAUUCUUUUCUUAGUUUAAACCAAAACAGAUAACAGUGUCAAACUACGAAUACAAUGUAGAUUCACGAAAUUAAUUUCAUUUGAUAAAAUCUGUCUUUUUGCUUUGAA